GUGCAGUGACACGUGACGACAAUCAAGCUGUCAAAAGAAGUUUGACAGGUAACCUAAAAGCUACCGGAAUGAAGUCUCCAAACAAAAAUAAUCUUCCUUGAACUACCGAAAUUUUUCGAAAACACUUUUUUUGUUAAAUUUAUGCAGAUAGAUAUUCACCCAUCCUCAUAAAUGAAUUGAACAAUGUCUGACUUAGUCGAACUUCUCUUUUUUGAUACCUUCGCCCAUGAAAACACAGAGGAGAUAAACCUCGACUUGGUACAAUUUCCAAAGCCUGUAUUUGUAACCGAGGUCAGGAUAAUACCUCUAGGUGCAAGGGUUCAGGCAGACUUUCCAGGUGGUGUACGGCUUGGAGCAACCAAUCCCAGCCAAUUCCAAAUUGAAUUUUUUGUGAAUGACUUGGCAAAACCUGGUGCAAGCACCUUUGAGACACUAGGAGGAUUGGAAUAUGAUCAGAAUGGUUGUAUCAACCUUCAGUGUGCUUCUGAUGACACUGUUAGAAAGAUACCAACUGAUGGUUUAGUUUUAAAAGGAUGGUAUACAACAAUAACAUUAGCAGUCUAUGGCACUUUGACAAAUAACAUCACAGAGCCUAUCAUUCAACCACCAGUAAACCCUGCUAUUCCACAGCAACCAAACACUAUAGUUGAUGCCCAACAAAUCUGUUCAGUCCCUACGAAUAUUGAACCAGAAUGGCAACCACAAGAGGCCAUGCAGCAGGUACCUAUGGAGUACAAUGCCCAGCCUGCAGUCCCAUACCAUCAACCUCAUCAACCCCCAUACAUCCCUCAACCAGAGCAGCAGCCCUAUCAGCCAGAGUUGAUAGAAUAUUAUGGGACCGUCAAAGAUCCUCGAGGCUAUCAUCAUCCACCAGAAGGUGAUUGGGAGACAAAACCUCGACGAAUUGAUACUGAUAGGGAUAGGGAUCGUGAUCGAGACAGGGAUAGAAACAGGGACUUGUCUUAUCAGAAAACUGGAAACGGAGAUAGGGAGCACAUAGACAGGAGAGAGAAGAGAUACUCUCGUUCCGGAAGUCAUGACAGAGACAGGCACCCUCACACCUACCGAGAAGAUAGAGGCGAACACGAACAUGAAUGGUCUGAACAUGAUCGACAAGAAUAUCACGACCGACCUGAACAUGAAUGGUCUGAAAGAGAUAGGGAACGCGAGAGAGACAGGGAUCGAGAAAGAGGGCAUGAUAGGGAUAGGGAACGAGGUGAAAGAUGUUACAAACACGAUGAAAAUUACCGAAGAUCCUACAGCCACGACGAACGAAUCAGAGAAAGAGAGCGAGAAAGAGACGAAAGAAAAAGACCUAGGACACCACCUGCUCAAUCUCCAAAAAGACCACAUACCCCGCACGUUGUUGAACUCAAGGAAGCGGUGCCUUCAGAAGAGACUGCACAAAUAGAACCAGAAAUUGCAGACGAACCAAACAGUCCACAAGGUGAAACGAAAGAAGCUAGAACUUCACCUAAUGAAGAAAGCAAUCAACUAUCUGUUGAAGAGUUUGAGCCUAUACUGAGUGAUGAAGAUAUACUGGACGACAUGGAACAUUACCAAGAUGUCGACUAUGAUUAUACUGCUUAUACAAAUAAUGAUGACAUCAUAAAGCUGUUUACACCAGGUGUCACAGAAUUGAAGAAGUACCAAAAAGCUAAGAAUUUUUCUGUUGAGAAUAAUGCUUUGAUAAUCGACGAAUCUCUGCAAGUAGCUAUUGGUAUAGCUGAUGAUUACUUCAAAUCAAGCAUCACAAAGUAUGAGUUGGAGACAUUCAGCAAACUAAAUACUGAGAUAAAAGAAGAGUUUAUACACCUAUGUGAAAAGCUUACAACAACUAUAGGAGCUCCGACUGUGUUUUGUGAUAUCGCCAAAUUGUACGUCAUCACAAAAUCUAUGAAUCCUCAGAAUUUGAGUGCUGACGACAAGGAGAUAGCCGAACAAGUGGAUUUUGUGAUGAUAACGCUCACCGAUUGGCUGAAAAUCGCAUUGAAUUACGAAAUGGCCAAUCUCCAAGACCAACCAGCGUACAAAAUCAGGCACAUAAAGUGCGGAGUCAAGUUAUGCAUUUGGUGUUGCAAGAGUUUAGAAUAUAUCAAGUAUUUGUGGCAGAAUAAGUUUAAUAUACACAAAGAAUUGCUGCAUUUAUUCCAGCAGGAUUUUAUGGCACUUUCUAUAAAGCUAAUGAUUUUAAAUGCCUUAGAUACCUACCUGCAACACAAAUAUGCCGUGGAGAAAUUUCUCUUUGGCGAUCUUAACGAUUCUUUAAAAGAAAAUGGAUACUACGACUUAGUGCCAGAUUCUGUGAACAGUGGAUAUAAGGUACUAGUCAAAUAUAUGCAACAAAAUCCUCUUGUGCGUACGAAAUUUGCUCUGGCCUCUAUUUUGAAAAAACUAAAUCUCUAUGAAGUAUUGCAUAAGAUGCAUAGUAUCUUGUUGAAUUUGAGAUACAAUUCACAAGAUAUUUCUACAGAAGAUAUCAAUUUAAUAACAAAAUCGUUGAGUGAAAUAUUGAACUACUGUAAAGUAGGACCGUUCAUACUAACGCAACCUAAGAGGUUCCUCCCCGUAUCUUCGCAGUUUGAAAUUUUGAGGAAUGAUAUUCAUGAGGUCUUGGUAGAAUAUUUCAAGAUGUUUAACCUGUUGCAAUGUUUCGUAUUACUGCUGACAUAUCCAAGUACUUUGAAUUUACCUUUGAUCAAGACUCCAAUCUUCGAAAUAGUGUCACUUCUCCUUCAGAAUAAUGAAGGAUUGCAGUAUAUCUCAGACAACAUUGAAGCUGUCAACAUUUUGCUGAAAUGUCUAUUAAGGACAGCUGAGGAGGAAGAUUAUACAAUGCAAGAGUGCUUGGAAAUCAAGUCACAUCAUUUGGGACUCAAAAUAGCGUACAAACUUCAAGCAUUGUACCAUAUCGAAUAUCUGUUGGACAAUGGGAAGAAAUUGAACAUGGAUUGUGACUCUUUCGAGAUAAUAGAUCACUUGCACGGACUAGUUUGCUUGACAUUCUCUCAUAUAGGAAAAGUAGCUUGUGCUGAAAUACUUGGUUUGACGAACUACAUUGACUCGGUUUUGCAGUUCGUUGAAUUUUUAUUUACAAAGGAAAAACCAGACUCUUUGGCUGCAAAAAUAAGCAAAUCCACAGGCAUAGCUUACAUCAUAGACCUCAUUGUAUUUGCAAUCACAAUAGUGCCAAAUGUGCAACUUAUGGAAAGGCAUACGAAGAUUCUCUUCCAAAUACUAAGUCAACAAAAUCUGUUUGAAGAGAGCGUGGGAAGUAAAUUAAACGAAAUACGUCCAUAUAUGGUUCCAUUUGAGAAUGUCACCACCCUCACUUACGAUGAUAUAUCUCCUUUCGUAACGAUUGCCAAAAAGUAUUCGGAAACGUUUCCGUAUGACAUUGGUGCUGUGAUCACAAGCCUCAGGGUGAUCCGUCAUCUGGGGAUCUCAAAGUAUGGCGAUCACUCAAACUCUCCGUUAGCAAAUUACGUCGAACUGAAAUACAAGCAUGUUAUUCUACAAUUAUUUUCUUUGGAUGGAUCGAGUAUACUGUCGAAACUUCUGCAGAAGAUUUGUGACUACUAUGAACAGCCUACAGUGCAUUCACACGUGUUCGUGUCAAAUUUCGGUUGGCAGAUACUCAAUAUCAUAGAUCCAGCUGUCGUUUUGUUAAAACAGAUGCUUGCUUAUGUUAUACAAUGCCAAAACACGAAAUUCAAAGACCUGACGACGAUACCAGUAUUGCUCCAAACUUAUACUUUGCUUGAUAGCUUUCCUAACACAGCCGCAGGUUAUCAUUUAGCGCAAGAGGUUAAAUCUAACAUCAUUGAAACACUGUUGGUGUACACACAGCCAAUGUCAGAAGAAGUUAGCGAGAAGGAUUCUUUAACAAAGACGCUCUGGACACAAAUGACAGGGGAGGUGAUAAAAUACAUCACUUCUUCACCUCAUACUUUUAUCUCCGGACUUCUGAUAUUCUCUGAGCUUUUGCCUUUGCCGCUACCCGUACAAACUAGCGAUGAAUUGUCGAAGGACGAACUAUCCUGGAUAAUAAAUUUGAGACGGCUCUGGUCAGCACACUUACAUCCACAUAGUAACCUCAUUCAGGAUAUGGUGAAUAAGCUGUGUAUCUCUACGCAACCUGAGCUUCUGAAUCUCCUGAGACGAAUAUGCGUUCAACUGUCUGACUUGGCAGCGAAUUCUGCGUUGAUGGUGGCCAGAGGCAUUCUGGAUAACGUGUACAACGCUCUAAUGCCUAAAGAAGAAGGAAAUGUGCUUCCUUGUAGUGGUCAUACCGUGAGGCUGCUCAAUUUUCUGGCAUGCUUGGUGACACAUAGUGCAAUCAAAUGCGCAGUACUUCAUUUGAUACACACCAAUAGCACUGUGACCUUGAAAACAGAAGAGAAGUAUGCUUCAUUGAUACCAACUUUUGCCCAGGUGUUGAAAACAAAGGAUGUUUCAUCAUACCACAUUCAAGCACAAGAAUGUAUACUGAGCAUCAUACAAAGCUUUUGUGAUAUAGAAAUAACUUUAAUGCAGAAUGCACCAACUGAAAAUGGUCAGCUUACUUCAGAACAGUAUUUAGCCAACGCCUUACCGGUCAAAGAUCAUCUAUUGAUGUUUAUCCAUAUGAUGUGGGAGCACUUAUCUAACGACAACUCGUUCGUUACUUAUUUGCCGAUAGUAAGGACGUUACUUCUCCUGACUGAACAUGACUACGGAUUCUACCAUUUGAAAGAGUAUCUGUUUAAAAAGAGCGACGUCUUUGUGAACCUCUUGAAUAAAUUAGUAAAUAAUUUUUCAAAAGACAGCGGCGAAUAUCUUUCCACGUUGAAUACUUUUGUGGAGUUCCUACGGGUGUGCGUCAGUACAGAUGAGGAAACAGAUUCGAAUUUGUUGUAUACUCCAAGGAAAACCAAACUGUCUCUGGGAGAGAUGAAAGGGUUGAUUGCAUGGCCAGUGACUGGGAAACCUGAAGUCCAUCCUUUGCAAACCCUGGAGAAAUUACUCAAGGAAGCUGUGGAGGAAAACAAAAGCUUUGAGAGUUUCCUAGAAGGUGUCUCAGCCCUCCUCAAGUUGCUCGAAGAAGAAUCAUCUCAGGAAGAACACGUUGAAAUACCUAUUGAUACAACGAUACCAGCACCAGAUCCGUUGUUGUUACAGUUUUCUUGUAGAGCUGUAACCAGUUCAGCAGAUGCAUGUGAUGAAAGACUGACUUCAAGGUAUUGGUUAGCAGUUCCUGCAGAUGAAACUGAUCAAGACCAGGAAAAUGUUCUCUGUGACCUUCUGGAAAUAUGUAGGCAAUGCAUCAGGCCAGAGUUCAAUAUUGUUAAAGAAGUUGAACGAGUUUGUAGGAUAUCAAUUUCUGAUAAUCCUGAUGACAAAGAGAAGAAUUUGGAUGCUGACAGCAUGAAGAUGAAAAAACCAUUUGUAACCCCAAUGCGCGCCCGAGGCUUCGCCAGGUCGAUGCCACCACCGCAGCGUACAGACGCAUUCCGAUCGCGACCCCCUAAUACUUCUAGGCCCCCCUCGUUGCACGUUGAUGACUUUGUGGCGUUGGAGACUUGUGGAGCACAGCCCACCGGCCCCACGGGGUACAACAAGAUCAGUCGCGAGCUGCUCGCAUCCACACGAAUCGCUAGGGGGCCUCGUGGUAGGGCAUUUGUUACUUCGGAGAGGACCAUGCAGUACAGGCAGAUGCCAUGGUGGGGGGCUAGCAUGGGCAGAGGACCAUAUUAAGUCAAAGCAAAUGUUUCAUUUUAGUUUGUAUUUAGUUUUAUGUUUAUACAUAACAAUAAACGUGAAUAUUGACAAACUG